UCAUAAGAAGCUUUGUUCGAAAUAGUAGCAUGUACAGUACACUUCCACAUAAAUAGACUAUGUACUCGCUUUAUAUUAUUUUGACAAUAUAAAACUUGAGAACUCUUUAUUAUGGAUAUUCCAUCAACAGUACUGGUAAAUCAACAAAAGUAUAAUUUAUUUGUGAAAUUGUCACCACUCUCUGUUGGAUCCACAUAUCAGAAGAUAUAGUAUUCCUAAUCUACUCAGAGAUAUUACAGCAUUUAUAUGGGAGGCAAUACUGGUAUAUGAAAAUACUGUUGCUAGAGGUGAUCAAGUUUCAGAUAAGCAUGAGAAGAGAAAGAUCUUUUCCAAGCAUCUAUCUUCCAAGAACAAAAAAUUUCCUAAAAGUAUCAAAUGUAACAAUCUAAAUUGUCCAAAGUGCUGCAGAAAAGUUUGCAUCAGAUGUGCAAUAACAAAUUACUAAAAGAAGAUGAAUAUAGAAAUAACAGAGAAUCCUAUAAAACAACAGAUAAGUGUAGAAGAAAAAUUACAGACUGCAAAAAAAUUUAAAGAGGAAGGAAAUAAUUUAUAUAAAAGUAAAAAUUAUAAGAUGGCAAUGGGAAAAUAUCAUAGAGCUCUACUUUAUGUUAAAGGCAUUGAAGAACAUCAUCAAAAGAAUAAUUUACCCAGCAUGUUUUAUCAAGGCAACUUAAGACAAAAUAAUACAAAAUCUUUAUCAAAAAAUAUACAAGAAGAAGUUAAGAUAUUGAAAGCGGAUUGUUAUAAUAAUCUUGCAGCAAGUUUACUUCAUCAAAGAAAUGUUAAAUAUGAAAAAGUUAUCCAGUAUUGCAAUGAAGUUAUCACAAUAAAACCAAAUAAUGUUAAAGCACUCUACAGGAAAGGAGUUUCUUACUACAACCUGAGAGAUUACGACCAAUGCCUGGAAACUCUUCAGAAUGCAAAACAGUACUUAAAUACAAAAGAUAGUAAUAUUGAACAAUACAUAAAAUUAUCUGAAGAACAUCUUCAACGGUAUAAACAGAAAGAAAGAGAAUGUUAUAAGGGUAUGUUUGAUAAAUUAGCAGAAGUGGAUUUGUCAUCAUCAGGAUGAUAUGUACAAAACUAAUCAAAUCUUGAGAA